GUAUUCCCGCCUCUCUCUCCUCCACAUUUCCCAUUUCUGCAGAAUUCUAAUUCCUUCAAUACCCCAAAUACCUAAACCCCUAUUGGCGCAUCUCCUCCUCUUUGCAGAAACUCUUCAUGCCGCCAGUUGAAUCGGAACCCUCCGGCUUACUCACCUUCCCGUCCGGCGACGUACAGAAGUCAUGGCAUCUUCUGGGACUUCUCCUCUGCGUCGGCAAGCCCACCCCUCUCCCGGAACUCGCUUCCAGAUGCACACUCUUCCCCGCAGAUCCGACUCUAAUCACGUAUCUCUGCUCUAUCCCUGGUUCACCGAUCUCACUGACGAGCCACUAUUUCGUCACUCUUUCUGUAGUAGGCCUGUCUGCUUUAAAUGCUUAUGUAGCCAGAACUUUCGGUCUUGCGGAUGCUUUCUCCUGGCCUCCAAUUUUGCUUAGAGAUUCUAUGAGUCUUUUUCCUAGGAAGAGGAAACGAAUUGAGGAUGAUGAAGAUAGAAGGCUGGUGCUGUCGUUGAAGAGAGUUCAAUAUGAUUGUAGAACUACAAAGGUACAUGGUCAUGUAACUAAUGAUAUCAGCAGGAUUAUACUGCCAAUUAACUUGUCAGUUAUGGUAAAUCAAGGGUUGCUCAGACCCUCCUUGCUUGCCGAACCCAGUGCAGCACAAUUAAGUUGUGAGGUUAAGGACGUAAGGGAUGUUGAAGAUGAAAUAGAUCUAAACAAAGUCCCUGAGGAAUUAGCACUUUGUGAGCCUGGUCCAGAAUUGGGCCUUCCAGCUAGAAUAUUGGAUCGGGAGUGUGAUAUCAAAGAAGAAGUAAAUACUUGUUCCAGAUGGGGUUCACAAUAUGCUGAACAGAUCUAUAUAUCACCUGAAGGGGCUGGAAAUGUUAAUGGUAGUUGUGAACCAAAAUAUGUUAGAGUGAUCAGCCAGGAAGCAGCUAUUGGUGGCGGAAACAGAGAACAGGAUACUCAUUUGACCUGUCUGAAGCAGGAAAUUGAUGAGCAUGAUCUGGCUGGUGGUGAUUUGGAGGGUAUUAAAAGGGUUAACGUCAAUUCUAAGAUGCCAUUUCAGAAUGAGGAUCCCACUGCAGAUGUAGGCUCUAGAGAUAAUUGUUUGGUUGCAGAGCUCUCUGCUCUCAAGCAGCAGCUGUCAGAACUGUCUGCCAAGAAGAAGAGUGCUUGUGUGGAUGCAGUAGUGGAUCCAGAAUUGCCAGCUCCGAAGAAGAAUAUAGGGCAUUUCAAGGCUGUUUAUUCUUCCAGAAAAAAGCAGCAUUUGAAAGGAGAUCACACAUCAAUCCCAGUGGCGCAUCAAUCAGAUCAGAAAAAUGACAUGAAUAUUAAGGAAAGAAGGGUGACCUCUACCUCUAUUUCUGCGAAGGAUCAACCAAAGCCAAAAGUGUUGCCUAAUUUUGAAUCUUACAUUGUGGAAGAUGAAGAAGGUUCAGGUGGUUAUGGCACAGUCUACAGGGCACACCAAAAGGAUGAUGGCACUCUAGUGGCCAUUAAAUGUCCUCAUGCAAAUGCUCCUAGACACCAUGUCAAUAAUGAGCUAAGGAUGCUGGAGCGUUUUGGUGGUAAAAACUUCAUAAUAAAAUAUCUUGGAAGCUUCAAGAGUGCAAGUUUCGAUUGCUUCAUUUUGGAGCAUGUUGAGCAUGAUAGGCCUGAGGUAUUAAAGAAAGAGAUAGAUCUGUUUCAGUUACAGUGGUAUGCUUAUUGCCUGUUCAAAGCUCUCGCAAGUCUUCAUAAACAGGGAAUAGUACAUAGAGAUGUUAAGCCUGGGAACUUCCUUUUUUCUCGCGAGACCAAUAAAGGUUAUUUAAUUGAUUUCAAUCUUGCAAUGGACUUGUAUCAAAAGUACAAAACAGUUGACAAAUCAAAGGUGGAAUACAAUACAAGCUUUGAUCGUUUUGUUCUUCCUAGCUCAAAAUCUGUGUUUUUUCCAAGUAGUACUAAGUUUCCAAGUGCUAAACCAUUGGAGGUGGUCAAUCCACUAGAAGCUAAGAAUGUGAAGAAGAAAGCUGCGAGCCAAAGGAAAGUGCGUAAUGAGUUAAAUAGUUGGAAUAAAAUUAAUAGUCAAGGUGCAGAUGGCUCAGGCAUAACCUCGGCAAAGGAGGUAAGCACAAGGACUCAAUCAGCAGAAAGACUAAGAGAACCUUUGCCGUGCCAAGGCAGGAAGGAGCUCAUUAGCCUAUUGCAAGAAGCAAUGCAGAGUCAAAAACAUGAGGCGUCACGAGUUCCUGCUCCUAUGAGAAAGCGAGUUGCUGCUUCUCCAGGAAACGUGGACAGACUGCUAAUUAGUCUUACUCCUAUGCCUUUGCAUGCAACUCCCACUGCAUUGUCUGGGGGUGGUGUGAUGAAGACAAAAGGUGAUGGAAAGCAUAAGAAAGAAGGUCCUUGUGCUGGGACAAAAGGCUUCCGCGCUCCAGAGGUUUUGUUCAGAUCUCUACAUCAAGGGCCAAAGGUUGAUGUCUGGUCUGCGGGUGUUACCUUACUCUACCUAAUGAUAGGAAGAUCACCCUUUUUUGGUGAUCCUGAACAGAAUAUAAAAGAUAUUGCAAAGUUGAGAGGUAGUGAAGAUCUCUGGGAAGUUGCCAAGUUACAUAAUCGCGAAUCUUCAUUCCCUGAGGAUCUUUAUGAGAGGCAAUCCUUGACAUCCAUAAACCUACAACACUGGUGUCGAUUGAACACAAAAAGAAGAGAUUUCCUAGAUGAGAUACCAAACUCACUUUUUGAUCUAGUGGACAAGUGCUUGGUUGUGAACCCACGAUUGAGGAUUAGUGCAGAAGAUGCUCUGAAACAUGAGUUUUUUGCCUCAAUAAAUGAAAGCAUGAGAAAGCAAAGGUCUCUCAGGCAGGCACAAGGAUUGGACUCCAGAACUAACCUUUUCCAUGCAGGAGAAAGACUAGCUAAACCUCCAACUAGAGUUUCUCUCGAGUCUUGAACAAGCCUUGAUACAUCAUAGGAGUAAUAAUGUAUCUAAACUUAGUCUGAUUUUUUUUAUUUUAUUGCAGCUUUUAGAUAGCUUUUUGUUGCUCUUACUACUGUAAAUUUGCUCGACCUUCUGUUAUUAAAAAAAAAAAAAAUUGUAGCCUUCUGUAAUUGUAAAUAUGUAUGUUGGAGUAAUUAAGAAGAAGAAUAAUGUUCUCUACACCCU